AAUUAUUUUAUUUAAAUGUUUUUGCAGCCGCUACGCCUGAACAACGUAGACGAGAACGUGGCAAGAGAGAUAGACGACUGCCUGCUGAAAGAGUCGGACAAGGAGGAGAUAAUGCGCAAGAUAUUCUGGAAGGCGCGCCUCAAGGCCAAGGAGGAGUUGAACGAACAGCUGGCCGACUUCCAGCAGAAGCGCACUGCCGGACUGGGCAUGCUGUUCGGACCAUCCGACGCUCAGCUGGAGGAGAGCAUCAAUGACAAGGGCAAGGAAACGAAGAUAGUGGAGACGAUCCUGGUGCCGAAGCUGGAGCCGUUCCUGGCAGAUAUGGAGAGUGACGUGGUGGACGGGCGGCGGUUCACGACGGCGGCCGCCCUUGGCACAAUCCUCGGCAAGAAGUUCGGAGUGCGCGGUCAGCACUUUAGCUCGCUCAUCGAGCGGUGUCCCACCUUCGUAUCCAAGGACAAGUCGCUCAAGUCCAAGCUUAUCGGCAAGUCUAGGAAGGUUACCUUGAUGGGUCAUCACUUUGUAGCUCACCAGUAUUUCAUAGUGACCUAUUGCAACCAUUGUCAGCUCAUCAUUUGGGGUAUCGGUCCCCAAGGAUACCAAUGCUCAAACUGUCAUUUAAACAUCCACCGGCACUGCGUGAAAGUGCUGGAUGAGAACUGCCCGGGGCCAAUGGUCAAGAAGGAGAAAGGCAACGACCGAAUUAGUAAAUUUAUGGAAAAAAUUAGGCCAGAAAAUACGCGGCGGAAACCGAGCUCACUCAACCUCGGAUCUGAUCGGCUGAGGCGCCAACAUGAAGACAAGGACGGAGAUACGGGGAUGCUCAUCGACAACGAAUUAGGUAGCGACCGCUUGUCUUCGUCGACGUCUGGUGGUCCGAGGGUGUCCGGGGGUGGUGGGGGCGGCGAAAGGCGGCCAGAUCCUGUCCGGGAGGCGGUUGAGGAGCGGACGGGGGCCGGAGCAAGGGGCGGAGAUCACAAUGACGAAGACCAACACAACCAAUCUCACCACGACCUAACCCACAUAGCGAAACCUAAAUCAUCGGCAGCAACGAUAAAUAGGUCUGAAAGCUACAAGGAGCGAAUACCAAAUAAGAGACAGCUUCGAGAACGACGGAAAACCAGUGAUCCAAAUCUGUCGAAAACGAAUAAUGACGUAGACGUAGACAACCAGACAUUAACGUGCCAUGCAAACUCCGGUAGCUCUUCAAAUUCCAGCCUCUCAACGAGGAGUUUGGACAGUCCGAGCAACUCGUUGGAGGCGGUGAGCGGCGGCAGGGGUGUGAGCGGGGAGGGGGGUUCGUGCCCCACGAAUGGCAGUGUGGGUGGUGGCGUGCCCCAGUGGGACAGUGACCUGGAGGCAGAGCCGGAUCCACCCGACUGGACGCGAGCUGUGCCCGAAGAUGUCCUCAGCAACCUCACCGCCCGCGAGAAGAAGCGGCAGGAAGUCAUCAAUGAGCUGUUCCACACGGAGCGGUCACACGUUCGCGGCCUGAAGGUGCUAGACCAGGUGUUUUACCGGCCAAUGCGCGAUCAGCAGAUUCUGCCCGUCGAGCAGAUGCAGCUGCUGUUCGCCAACCUGGACGAAAUGCUGACGCGGCAUGGUCACUUCAAUCAGGCCAUGAAGGCCCGACGCAAGGAGGCCGUGCCCACCGUACAGCGAGUCGGAGAUCUCAUACUCAACAUGUUUGAUGGCACGGAAGGCGAGGUGUUCCAGCGAGCGGCGGCGACUUUCUGCGCGCGACAACAGAUCGCGCUGGAGGCGCUGAAGGAGCGACGUCGCAAAGACCAGAAGCUGCACAGCUUCCUCACCGACGCAGAGGGCAGUCCGCUCUGCAGGCGGCUGCAGCUCAAGGACAUCAUUCCCACCGGCAUGCUUAGGUUAACGAAAUACCCGUUGCUGUUCGAGAACCUGGCGAAGUACACGGCGGCGGAGGACUCGGAGGAGGCGUUGGCGGUGGCUCGGGCGGUCGAACGCAGCAAGGAGAUUCUCAACCACGUGGACAAGGCGGUCAAGGAGGCCGAAGACCAACAUCGGCUGGCCGAGAUACAGCGGCGCCUCGACAAGACGCCCUUCGACAAGGCCGACAAUCCGCUCGCCAAUGAGUUCAGGAAUCUGGACCUGACGAAGCACAGACUGAUCCACGAAGGCGCGCUGGUGUGGCGAAUAGCCAGCCGGCCCAAACCCAUAGACCUACACGUGUUGCUACUGGAGGACGUCAUCAUCCUACUGCAGAAGCAGGACGAGAAGUAUGUGCUCAAGUUCUACAGCGCCACGCAGUUCUAUAGUCCGGUCAUCAAGGUGUCCACAGUUCUAGUCAGAACUAAUGCUGUCGAUAAAACGGGUCUGUUCCUUGUGAAUACAUCUCAGAAUGGAGCGCAGAUCUACGACCUAGUUGCUACCACGGCUCAGGAAAAAAGAAAAUGGUUCAAGCACAUAUCAGAGGCGGCGGAGGCGUACAAGCAGCGCGAUGGCCGCAACCGCAGGGCGGACGCAGCCGCCGCAGCUGCAGCCGCAGCCCAGCACGACCUCGACGCAAGCGAACACCCCGACAAAACCAAAGAUGUGGACGACUCGACAACGACGCCGUCCGGAGCGGACCUGCUGUCACCGCCGCGGGCAACCAACGGGCACGGGCACGGGCACGACGAGUCACCCAGUCCCAACAGCGAGUCAACCCCCCUCCUGCCCUCACCAUCCCCCUCGCCUUCGCCAGCCCCCUCUCAUCCGGACACGCCUGAGUCUAUCGCCAGACGAAUGGGUGAGAUUUGUGGUAUUCGCAGUGUGGACGACUCGACAACGACGCCGUCCGGAGCGGACCUGCUGUCACCGCCGCGGGCAACCAACGGGCACGGGCACGGGCACGACGAGUCACCCAGUCCCAACAGCGAGUCAACCCCCCUCCUGCCCUCACCAUCCCCCUCGCCUUCGCCAGCCCCCUCUCAUCCGGACACGCCUGAGUCUAUCGCCAGACGAAUGGGUGAUAGUCUAAGUCCCAGUCCGAGCUUGAGCAGGAAGGUGGCCGAGCCGCUGCGUUUGACGACGGCCGAGAGCUCACUCAUUCAGCCGUCCGAGGUGCUAAUCUCACAGCGACCUGUGCUCACCGCUGAGCCUGUGCUCACGCCACUAGAAAAACUGAGGCGGAAAGACGAGGCGAUCAAGCAGGCAUUGGCGGAGAAACAGCAGCUGGUUGCAGAUAUCCUCCAUGUACCCAAGGAUGAGUUCGACACCAUUGCCGAAAUCGCCGGCGAGCCCGCCACCGAAAAGGAGGCUUCCGAACUCAUUUUAGCCGCUGUCAACCAAGCGAACCAACUGUCAGCGAUGGUAAACGAAGCGCUACGCGUGACUGAGGAAGACGCGGUGAGCGCCGGCGUCAUGACGUCAUCGUCGCGUUCCAGAACGCCGACGUCGGCAGGUGUGCCCGCUCACCGACUGAACGCGAUUGCGACCUCCCUGAACGCGCAACUCACGCAGCUGUUGAGCGUGCUCGUGCAACGGGACGACGAACGCGAGCGAUUGCGGCGCGAGUUGCAACGCAGUCGGGAACAGUUGCAUGCGUUGCACGAACAGCGCGCCAGUCAAGGUCACGACGAUCAGCUGACUCGCGAGCCUGGUGCGGCAAGCCUUGAGGCAUGCCUUGAGGCAACCCUUGAGGAGGCCAACCACACAGGUGAGGAAACAGACCCCGCAUCCUCCAAUAAUCCAGUCUCAGAGUCCGCCAUAGCGUCAACGACAGCUCAGGAGGUGUUUGUUGAUGCCCUGUCCGGCGAGGCUGAGAGUCACUUGGAGGCGGCGGGUGCGGCGGAAGGGGAGACACUUGCUCCCACCCGGACAGCGGACUCGGCUGACUGACUCCAGAAUGACUCAGAGUCGUGGUAGAAUCACUUGAGUCGUCUAAUCAUGGUAGAGUAACUCAAAAUUCACUCGAGUCAUUUGUUUUUCCUCCGCUAGUUAGCGCUCCGAUCGCUACCAAAGGAUGAUGAAUAAAUUCAACAAAGACUGCUGAUAGAGUAUUCUCGUCGAUAUUAGGGAGUUCAACGCCCAAUUCUAAACUCCACGUUACGUUAUUAACGAUGGUUUGACGGCGGUGCAUGGAAACUCCCUAACAACUAUUGUGACUAGUGAGUUUCGAAUGCUUAUUUAUUGUUACCGGUUAUUAAAUAAAACACACUCACACUUACGCUCCGAUAUUGUAUUCUACAACAAUAAAAAAUACCGUAUUCGUAGUAGAAACUGCAACAAUCUUAUUGGAUAACUUUUUUCUGUUUUUCGAAAAUAUCUUGGCUUUUGUGUAUAGAUGAAAAUAUUGUUAAUUAGCUGUUGUUGGCCAUUGAUGAAUUAGAGCGAAAUAAAUGUAGUAUUUUUCAUUUGAUACUGUAAAAACUGUGAAAAUCGAAAUUUUGAAGAGGAUAUUUAAAGGUCUUUGAAUAAAUAAUGUUGAUAAGGUGCCUCUUCGUUAUCAAAUAAUACUAAACUGCAUUAUUAUUCUUAGUUUUAAACUAUUAUAGUGUGACAUCCAAUCAGCUGGUCUGAUUAGUGAUGUCACCAUGUAGCAGUAAAUUAGUAUAAUAAUAUUAUUGAAUCCAUGAAUUUGAGGAUACUAUUAUUGUCGAAUCCAAAAAUAAAAUACUCGAAGCUAAAUAUAAUAGGCAUUGUCUCAAUCAAUAAUAAUAGUAGAACAAUGUUCGCUACAGAAGUAUCGAUAUAUUUAUCAUCAAUCAAAUAAUCAAUAAAAUACAGUUGAAAGAAGUGAACGAUGUGGUAUUGUGCUAGUGUCAAUUAGCCUGCCUGUGUAGCAGUGUUUCAAAAAUUCAAGAUUUACUCGACUAAAAGCCAUCGGCAAUGAUAUUAGCUACAUAUUUUUGUAAGCGUAUAUAGAUAUGUUUUUAUAAAAUACAGAAUAACGUUAACUGAGAAUUAGCAAAAAUUAUAAAUUAGUUUUAGACUCGAAUGGUGAUCUCUCGAUUUUUAUGCAGUGAAACUAUUUAUUAUCUCCAAAUUUAAUUUAUAGAUUUAUUUUUAUGCACACCCAUAUCUCAUGAAUCUCAUUGAAGAAUAUAGGAAUUUUACCAACCCCUCUACCAUCUAACAUCACUUAAUCAUUGAUAUUAUAUUGAAAGUUGCACUUGAAAUUCGCUUUAAUUAAUGAAGCAGUUUAUUUAGAUCUAAACUGCAGUUCAACUAGUUAUUGACAAAAUAAAUCUUGUCAAAUUUAUUCCUAUCUGUAGCAGAAUCAUUGUAAAUUCUAAGGAAGUUUUUGAUGCUAUUGAGGGCAUUUUGAGUAUUAAAACUACUGAUGAAGAUUGCUAGAGGUAUCUGUAUCUGCGAUGCUCUGUUUUUAGUGUCCAAGUGCCUAGCAACUGUCACCAAAAACUUGAGUUGAACGUUUUUUUGUUACCAAGUUCUUGAAGAGCAAUUUAUUCUAUUCAAGAGAUCCAAUCAUUUGAUAGGUUCGACAUCAUCACAAUCCCUGAUUUCCCUUACGUUAUUUGUACAAGCCUCUUUCACCCUCUAUUUCUCUCUCUCUCUCUCUCUCUCUCUCUCUCUCUCUCUCAUUCUCCCCAAUGCAAAUGGUGCAGCGCAUUCCAAUCUCUUUACCACUCUCAACCAAUAUUAUUAUACUUUAAUUUGUUAUGUAUUUUAUUAUUAUCCAACAUGAUUACUAUUUGUGUCCCCCAACAUUAUAAAGUUUUUCUCAUCUCUACUAUUGUACAUUGAUAAUAAUCAAAUAAAUUGUUGUUUUUUAUAUAUUUUAAUUGAUUUGUUGUUUCAUAUAUUGUCAAUUAAUUUGUUGUUUGUUUUGUGCACUCUUUGAGAAGGUCGGCUAACCAUAUCUAUAUAAAUCUAGAAAACGUAUUCUAGCUUUCUCUUACUCUCAACAAGUUUUUGGGCCAACUCUUUCUUCGAAGUUGAAUAGUAUAUUCUUCUGAGACAGUAUUUACUAAUCAUUUAAAAAAGUGGUAACUGCCCGUUCCCAUACAAAUUUCUUUUAACCAUCUAUGAUGAAAAUAUUAAUCGCUAAAUAAGUAUGAAUUAUAUCAUUUGGCGUAGAAAAGACUGCAUAGUGUUUCCCAACAUAUCACUUCAAUUCAAAUUGUAGGCCUAUCGGAGAAAAUCCACUUUCGAAAUCAAAACUUCGGUACAGUAGUAUUUUGUCUCAGAAUCCCUUAUUUCUUGAUUUAAUAAUGUAAAGUUGAUUUCACAGAAAUCGGCAAUUAUGACACACUAAAUGAAAUAGAUUACGCAAACAAUUUUGAAUAGUUCUAGACAUUGAAUAUAAGAAAAAAAUUAUAAUAUAGUUGUGUUGCUUUCUUUCUCUUUAAAAUGUUUGUGAUAAUUGGAUAUUUAUUUUCACUGGUACUCCUAGCUUUUAAAUUGUGCUGAUAUUAUCUUGAUAAAUGUGGUAAAUGAUAUUAGCUUUUUUCUAAAUAUCGAAUAACCAAAAAAUGGCAAGCCUAUGUCUAUACAGUGUAAAGAUAUUAAUAAAGAUUAUAACGAUGAUGAUAUUAUUAGAAAUUACGAUAAAUAUGUAAAUUAUAGCGAAUUAUUUAUAGAAUGAAAUUGAAUAUUGUUUUUAUCCGAAUAUUUUCCAAACAGAAUGUGAAAUAUCUUUGUCUUUAUUUCAAUUAUGGUAUUAUUUCUCUGAAAAACUGUCAUUGUGUAAAUUAUAUUUAUUUAUUACACUAUUUGCAAUUAAUCUGUUUUGAUGUGUCAAACCAUGCUGUGCUGAAUCAGUGAAUACUAAAAUUAUUAUUUAUUAUCAUCAAUUUUAUUGUUAUUAUAAUUAUCAAUCCCUUGAUUUUUUUCGAGAAGGCAACUUCAUUCAAAGAGUGGCCUAAUUUUUUAAUAUGUGUAUAAAAUAAUCAAACAUUGAAAAUAAUGUAGAGUACUGUAAUUGUAUCUUGACACAAAAAUUAUUAUUAACAAUGAUGAUGAAACUAUUUUAUUGUUAUUAAUAUUAUUAUGAAAAAUGAAAACCUGUAUAUGUACAAUACAUGUUGGCAGAUCAGUGUAUUAUGUAUAUUCUUGUAAUGUAUAUGUAUUAUGUACAUAGACUGAAUUCGCAUGAAUAAAACACAAUGGUUUUAUAUAUUUAUAUAUAUGUGUAUGUAUAUUAUGUAUGUUGUUAUGAAAAAUACACAUAUACAUAAGUAUAUAUUUCAAUAAUGUA